GAAACUGAAUUUCAAGCAAAAGAAUAAAAAAAAAAAAAAACCAGAGAAUAAAGAAAAUGGAAAUUAGAUUAAGAAUUCAGAAGUAAAAUUCUUGAACACGUCACAAAAACAGCACAAAAUCAAAGAUGAUCCACAGUCUAGCGACCUCCUCUUUCACCUCCAGCUCACGGCUCAUCCUCAUCUCCUCCUCUCUUUCCAAACCCUUUCCAUCUCUCCCCAAAAAGCUCCAAUCUUCUUCUUCUAAACCUCUUGCUUCCCCUCAAAACUCUCGACCCAUCUCCUAUUACCGCCCCCCAAUGAAUAUUCUCAACAAACUCGGUUUCGGCACAAGGUCCCCUGACCCAUCCACCAUGGACCCAACAAUCCCUCAGGGCCCCGACGACGACUUGCCAGCCCCUGGCCAACAGUUCGCUCAGUUUGGAGCUGGUUGCUUCUGGGGGGUUGAAUUGGCCUUCCAGAGAGUUCCUGGCGUUACCAAGACCGAGGUGGGUUAUAGUCAGGGCCUCUUGCAUAAUCCCACUUAUGAGGAUGUUUGUACUGGGACUACCAACCAUAAUGAGGUUGUCAGAGUGCAGUAUGAUCCUAAGGAGUGUAGCUAUGAGACUCUUCUUGAUGUUUUCUGGGCUAGGCAUGACCCUACUACCUUGAAUCGCCAGGGAAAUGAUGUGGGAACACAAUACAGAUCUGGAAUAUACUUUUACACGCCUGAACAGGAAAAGGCAGCACUGGAGACUCUGGAACAACAGCAGAAGCUCUUGAACCGUAAGAUAGUUACCGAAAUUUCACCUGCCAAGAAAUUCUACCGAGCUGAAGAAUAUCACCAGCAAUACCUUGCAAAAGGAGGCCGUUUUGGAUUUAGGCAAUCUGCUGAGAAAGGCUGCAAUGAUCCCAUCAGAUGCUACGGAUGAAUUGCCUCCCUCGACAACUGCAAAUAUUGGCUUAAGUAAACACUGGUAGACUAAUUAUUUAUUUUGAUAUACCUAAAGCUUUUGUAUACGUUGCUGGGCUGAGCAUGAUUUGCAUGUUUAGGUUCCAGGACAUGAAUCUGUAAUAGUUUAUAUACUAUGAGGAGUGUGCGUUUUACUAUCUGUGUAAAGCAUUUAGCCUGGGCAAAUUGGUUGGCAAAUAAGAAAUAAAGCGUUUUAUACUGUCAA